AUGCUGACUCGGCACUGGUUGGCAGGCAGCCAGCCCCCUUGGGAUGGGCCCCCAGAACAGGCCUGUCAGCGCCAUCUCCACAGGUGGUGCUGUGAGCGUACGGAGAUCCUCUGCGUGGAGGAGUUGGUGUCCCCCCACCAGGAGGACCUCGUGCCUUGUGCCAGCCUCUACCACCACCUCUGGCUGGGCUGGCACCUGGGCCCACCACCGAGGGCAGGGAAGCGCUCACAGGCCCCUUCAGGCAGCACACCCACCCUGGCCACCCUGCAGCCACUAGGGGGGACUGUGGGCCAGCUCUGGAGUCAGCGCCAGCGCCCCUUGGCUACCUGUGCCACCUGGUCUGGCUUCCACUACCAAACCUUCGAUGGACAUCACUUCUACUUCCUGGGCCAUUGUACUUAACUGCUAGCAGGCGUGGCUGACUCCAGCUGGGCUGUCCAUCUGCUGCCCAGGGGAGACUGCCCCCAGCCUGAGCACUGCCAACUGAUCUGGGUAACCGUGGGGCUGGAGGAGGCGCUGAUCCAGAGGCAACAUCUCUGUGAACGGGCUUUAGGUCCCAACAAGGAGCCCCGGCUCUUCCAUGGGUUCAGUCUGCAGUGGCAGGGGGAAUGGCUGGUGCUGGCUAGCAGCCUGGGGGCCGUGGUGCGGCUGGAUGGGGCUGGCUCUGUGUCCGUCUCCCUGGACCCUGGGCUCCUCAGGCAGACUCAAGGCCUGUGCAGGCUCUACAAUGACCAGCUGGAGGAUGACUUUCUGGAGCCAGGGGGGCUGGCUGUGCUGGCUGCCACCUUUGAGAAUUCCUGGCGGCUCCCUGACUCUGAGGUGACCCAACUGCAGGAUGAAGCCCAGGAUGUGUGCCACCCACUGUUGGGCAGCCCUUUCAGGGAGUCCCAUGCCCAGGUGGCCCUGAGUGGGUACCAUGAGGCUUGUCUCUUUGCCUACUGUGCGGGAGUAGCGGGCAGCAGGCAGGGGGGGCAGCAGGAGGCGGUGUGCUCCACACUGGCCAGCUAUGCCUGGUGCUGCGCCCAGGAACGUGUCUUUGUCCCUUGGAGGCGGUCUGGAUUCUGCGAGCACCUGUACCUGGGGGACCAGCUCUACUCCAACUGCACGUCCCCCUGCCCACCCAGCUGCUCUGCGUUAGAUGAGCUUGGGGAGGAGGCUUGCUGGGCCAAGUGUGAGUGCCCCCCCACCCCCGGGCUGUACUGGGAUGGCACCCAGUGUGUGGCCCCCGCCCGGUGCCCCUGCUAUCAUUUGCGCCAGUGCUAUGCACCGGGGGACUCCGUACAGCAGCUGUGCAACCCCUGCGUGUGUGAGGAUGGCCGUUGGCACUGCUCCCAGACCCCAUGUCCUGCUGAUUGUGCUGUGGGUGCUGAUGGGCACUACCUCACCUUUGACAGGCAAGGCUUCCCCUUCUGGGCCAGCCCAGGCUGUCACCACAUCCUAGUGCAGGACCACAUGAGGGGCCAGUUGCUGCUGGAGCUGGAGUCAGGGGCCUGCGAGUCCGGGAGCUGCCUCCAUGCCAUCUCAGCCUCCGUGGCAGGGAUCUGGGUCUAGCUCAGGGCCUCAGGUGCCGUCCUGGUGGGUGGACAGGAGGUGGCUGUGCCCUGGCGUGGUGCUGGGGAGCUCGGCGUUUCCCGAGCCUCUUCUGGCUUCCUGUUGCUGCACUGGCCUGGGGCCUAGGUCCUCGGAGCCCCGCUAUGCUCACCAGGUAUGCUGGGCGGGAACAGUGGCGGCGAGCCUACAGCCCGGCUUGACCAGCAUGCCCACCUGCGCCAGGUCCAGGGUCUGUGUGGCACCUUCAGGAACCAGCAGGAUGACUUCCUGACCCGACUGGGUGUGGAGACCAGCAAGUACCAGGAGUGCCACAGGCUGGUGGAUGCAGAGACAUACUGGUUGAGAUGCCUGGCUGCCGCCAUGUGUGGCUGCUCUCUGAGCAGGGACUGCCUGUGGCCCCUGCUCUCAGCCUAUGGCCGCCACUGAGCUCAAGAGGGCUCCCUGCUGGCCUGGAGGAGCCAGGCCCUCUGCCCUGUCAUGUGUCCUGGUGGCCAGGAGCACCAGGAAUGUGCCCAUGCCUCGCCAGGCCAGUGUGUGCCCCCUCACCUGUGCCCUUGCCAGCUGGGAGGCCAUCGCCACACCCCUGGCAGUAGCACCAUGAAGGGCUGUAACCGCUGUGUCUGCCGCUGCUGCCCGCCUAGGCAGGCGUUCUGUCCCCGCGGGCUGGUCCACGUCCCUGGAGCCUGCCUGCUCACCCGUGACAGCCCCAGUGCCAAUCACACCUGUCUCUUGGGUGACACUGAGGGCUGCGUCUGCCCCGCCUCCCCGGGCACAGUGCUGUUGGACAAGCGCUGUGUGCCCGUUGAGCACUGCCCCUGCCACCAUGGUGGGCAGUGGUACCCACCCAAUGCCACCAUCCAGGAAGACUGCAAUGUCUGCAUGUGCCAGGGCCGGAGGUGGAAUUGCACAGGGCAUUGAUGUGUGGGGUGCUGCCAGACCUCGGGUGCCCCCCACUAUGUGAUGUUCGAUGGGCUGGUGCUGACCUCACCUGGGGCCUGCAAGUACCUGCUGGUGUGGGAGGCCAGUGGCCAAUUCUCCUUGUGGGCCCAGAACCUGCCCUGUGGGUCCAAUGGCCUCAUCCGCACGAAGGUGCUGAGCCUACAGCUGGAGGGCACCGUUGUGCACCUGCUCAGAGGCCAGGCUGUGACAGUCAACGGAGUGCCUGUCUCGACCCCCAAGCUCUACAUAGGCCCCUACCUGAGCCUGUGCCACUCUGGCCUCUUCCUGGUGUUCUGGACCCACCUGGGCCUCAGCCUGCUCUGGGAUGGAGGCACCCGAGUGCUGCUGGACUUGCCUCCCCAAGUUCUGAGGCCGGUGGCAGGGCUGUGCGGAGACUUUGAUGUCAACGCCAGCAAUGAUCUAAGGAGCCAGGAGCCAUCAGGACUCCCUGGGGCCGCCCAUUCCUGGUGCCUCCAGCCCCUCUGCCCAGAGCCAGGAGACCUGCUGCACCCCUGCACCGUGAAUGCCCACCGGGCAUCCUGGGCCCGGGCUCGUUGUGGGACGCUGCUGCAGCCUCUCUUCUCUGUGUGCCACGCCGAGGUGACCCCUCAGGGGCAGGGCUACAGCUGGUGUGCAAGGCCGGCGAUGUCCUAAGCUCAGGCCCCUUGGCACAGCUGUGACUCUGGCGGCGACUGGUGUCUGUGUGGGGCCAUCGCCACUUACGCAGACGAGUGCGCUCAGCGUGGACACCGCCUGCGCUGGCACAGCCAGGAACUCUGUCCCUUGCAGUGUGAGGGGGGCCAGUUGUAUGACGCCUGUGGCCUCACGUAUCCUUCCACCUGCCCUGACCAAGUUCCUGGGCCCAGCUGGCAUUGUCAUGUGACCGCCUGUGUGGAGGGCUGCUUCUGCCCCGAGGGGAUCCUGCUGCACGGUAGCACCUGCCUGGAGCCUGCCUCCUGCCCCUAUGAGUCAGGGGUGGGGGUGGGGGAUGUGGGGAGCAGCUUCUUCCCACCAGGGGCUGUGCUGCAGAAGGACUGCGGGAACUGCACGUGCCAGGACAGCCGUUGGCACUUCCAGAGCCCUGGCUGUGAGGAGCCCGAGCCUGAGCCUGGCUGUGCAGGGGCAGAGGUCCAAUGCCAGGGCAGUGGGCACUGUGUGCCCCGCGUAUGGCUCUGUGACAACCAAGAUGACUGUGGAGAUGGCUCCGAAGAGGAGGGCUGUGCCAGCCCAGGCUGUGGGGAGGGUCAGUUCUCCUGCUCUGCUCCAUGCCUGCCUGCAGCCCUGCGCUGUGACAGGCAGGCCGACUGUGCCGAUGGGGCAGAUGAGCAGGGCUGCCCCUGCUCUCAGGAAUCGCUGACCAGGGCCCUGCUCUGUGACCGGCACCCUGACAGUUCCCAUGCCGCUGAUGAGGAGGCGUGUCUGGACCAACUGCGGGGGGAGGUGACCUGAGGGUAUGACAGCUGCGUGGAUGCCUUCCAGCUGUGUGACGGGGUCUGGGACUGCCCUGGGGGUACGGACGAGGGGCGGCACUGCCCUCUCCCCUCUCUGCCUACACCCCCCGACGACACCCUGGAGACUGUCUCAGCCCCACUGGGCAGGGCUCUGAGCUGGGGUCCGCCGCAGCACCACCCUGCAGCCGAGCUGGCCUGCAGAAGCUGCGAGUGCGUACCGCGGGGCCGGCGCUGCGACCUGGAGGAAGACUGUGCCCAAGGCAGUGACAAGUGCGACUGUGGACCUCCUCAACUGGCCCCCUGCCCUGGCCUAUUCCCCUGUAGCUUGGUUCCUGAACUGUGCCUGCCUCCUAACCGGCUUUGCAACAGGACCCAGGACUGUCCCCAGGGCGAGGAUGAGCUGGGCUGUGAGGGGCUGCCAGUCCCUGAAGACCCCAAUGGGACCGGGGUCCCCUGUCCUGAAUAUUCCUGCUCCAACUGGGCCUACAUAGGGUUUCAGCUGGUGUGUGACUGUGCAUCUGCAGGGAGCACAGGGCCCUCCCCAGAAGAGCAGGGCUGUGGGGCCUGGGGACCCUGGAGCCGGGGCACUUGCAGUCAGACUUGUGGGCCUGGGGUCCAAGGCCAGACCCGCCAUUGCUCCCCAGCCCGCCCCCUGGUACUGCAGUACUGCUCUGGUCCCGAGCAGCAGUUUCAAGCCUGCUUCUCUGUAGCCUGCCCGGUGGAUGGGGAAUGACCCUGGUUAGCCUGGUUCCCCUGCCUGGAACCCUGUCAGGGCACCACAACCUGGCAGCGAAGGUGCCGCCCACCCCAGAAUGGAGGCAGGAACUGUGCCCUGAUGCCUGGGGGCUCUCAAGGCCCCUACCAGACCAAGCCCUGUGUAGAGGAUGGCUGUCCCAAUGCCACUUGCCCUGGGGAGCUGGCGUUUUGGCUCUGUGCUCCCUGCCCGACAUGCCAGGACAUCUCCAGCCAAGCCUCAUGUCCUCCUGAUCAACCUUGCAGCCCAAGUUGCUGGUGCUCCAAGGGGCAGGUGCUGGGCAGCGAGGGACGUUGUGUGUGGCCUAGGCACUGUCCCUGCCUGGUGAAUGGUGCGUGCUACUGGUCUGGCCAGCACCUUGAGGUCAACUGCCAGCUCUGCAUCUGCCAAGAUGGGCGGCCCCGGUGCUGCUGGCCCAACCCAGACUGCACAGAGGACUGUGGCUGGUCGUCCUGGUCCCCGUGGGCUGAGUGCCUGGGCCCCUGCGGGAGCCAUAGCAUCCAGUGGUCUUUCCGGAGCCACACCAACCCACUCCUUGUGGGCCUCGGGCGCCAGUGCCAGGGCCUCUACUGAAAGGCCCGCAGGCCGCCCGCCACCGCCUCAGGUACCGCCCCCGGGAGAGAGGGCGGGCCCCGACGCAGGAGCAGCCGGGACGCCGGGAGCCCCUCUGUGCAAACCUUCGGCCGGAUGGUGCAGGCGCAGCACGUGCGGGUCUGGCUCCGGGGCACUCAAGACGGCACCCCUCCGCGGGUGGCGCUGCUGGGCUGCGAGCCAGACGGCUUGGAGGAAGAGGGCUGCGGGCCCGGCGGCGGCAGGCCCGACUGUGCGCCCCGGACCUUCCCCUCCACACAGUGUGGCCCAGGGCAGGUGAACUGCAGGAUGCUAGGCUGUGUGGAGCCGGAGCAGCUGUGUGAGGGGCAAGAGGACUGUCUGGAUGGCUCCGAUGAACUCCUUCCUUGCUCCUGGGCAGUGAGCAUUGUGCCUUGCUGGUGCCCACGAUGGCCUCAUGGGUUGCCGGCCAUCUGCUCCCCACGACAGCUGCACUGCAGCAGUGAGUGCCUUCCUGCCUCUCGGCGCUGUGACCUGCAGCCCGACUGCCAAGACAGCUCUGACGAAGACAACUGCGUGGACUGUGUACUGGCACCCUGGUCUGGCUGGAGCAGCUGCAGCCAGAGCUGUGGGCCAGGCCAGGCCAUUCAGCACAGGCAGCUGCUCCAGGCACCCUUGCUUGGGGGCAGCUGUCCACCUGACUAUGUCUGAAGUUGGCCCUGCUUCCUUCACGCCUGCCCAGAUGAGCCAGUGGCUGGGGUGUGAGCUCUGUGGGAGGCCUGGUGGCCCUGCAGCGUCUCCUGUGGGGGUGGCCAUUGGAGUCGCAGGAGGAGCUGUGAGGACACCCCACCACCACCACCACCACCCGCCCCGCCCAAGGACAGUGGUGCCCCCUGCCCUGGGACUUCUCAGGAUUGCACCCUGCAGCCCUGUGGAGGUGGCCCCAACUGUGGGUGGGGGCUUGUGCACUUGAGUGCUGAGUUGUGCCAGAAGAGGCUAGUGCCCCCAUGCCCAACCUCCUGCCUAGACCCAGAGGCCAACAGAAGCUGCAGUGGGCACUGUCUUGAGGGAUGCUACUGCCCACCAGGGCUGCUCCUGCACAGCUCCAGCUGCCUGCCCCUCUCCCAGUGCCCCUGCCUGGUGAGCGAGGAGCUGAAGCCCCCUGGGGAGCCCUUUCUAAUGGACAACUGCAGCUGGUGUGUCUGUGAGCAGGCUGCUGUGCGAUGUGAACCUGUGGGCUGCCCUGUGCCCUGCGGCUGGUCAGCCUGGUCCCCCUGGGGCCCCUGUGACCAUUCUUGUGGCUCCAGAGUGAGGGCCAGGUUCAGGUCUCCUUCCAACUGUCCAGCUGUCAAGAGAGGGACCCUAUGCGAACAGGGGACAGGCAAAAGCUUGACCUGUGGCUGGAAUUUCUGGACCCUGUGGACUGUGUGUAGCCGAAACUGCAACAUGGGCAUUCAGCGGCACUUCCGGGCAGGCCCUGCACCCCCCGCUGCCUUUGGGGGUGCCGAGCGCCAGGGCCCCAACAUGGAGGCUGCUUUCUGCAGCCUGCAACCCUGCCACAGGCUAGCUGGGGAGUGGGGACCCUGGUCGACGUGCUCUGUGACCUGCGGCGGCGGCAGCUACAGGAACCACACCCGAGGCAGUGAGCCCCAAAGCCCUGUCGGCUUCUCCACCUGUGACCUGCAGCCCUGUGCAGGGCCAGUGUCUGGUGUGUGCACCACAGAGCAGCGGUGGCUGAACUGUGCCCCAAGCCCAGCCUCCUGUGCAGAGCUUGGGGUGCCCCGAGAGGCUAAUGGAACCUGCCACCCUGGCUGCUACUGCCCACCCCGGACACUCCUGCUAAACAACAUGUGUGUGCCCACUCUCAACUGCCCGUGCCAUGAGGAGCGCCUACAUGCUCUGGGCAGCGUUGUGCUGCGCUGCUGGGGGAACUGGUGA